AUGGUAAUCGGCAGUGACCUAAUCCCCCGAAUUCUCCUACAAGGGCUGCAACAAAACAUAAGCGGAAGUCUCAUAGCGCAGAAUACGAUAUUUGGAUGGAUUCUGAGCGGCCCAAUCCAGGAGAGAAUCUCCACCUUUACCACCCAGGUAACCGAACCCCAGGAUGAAUCUCUAAACUCACUGCUGAAGAAGUUUUGGGAACAGGAGGAAGUAGCAGUCACUCAACCCCGUUCCAGUGAGGAGGAGUUCUGUGAGGACCUGUAUCGUCGCACGACAACCCGGCAGGCAGACGGACGAUAUACGGUGAAAUUACCCGUCAAACCCGAAUUUCCAGACACAAUGGCUUUAGGUCACUCUCGACUAGCAGCGCAGCAGCAGUACAUCAGCAUCGAAAGGAAUCUGGAGAAAAAACCCGACCUUGGCAAAAAGUACUCAGAGGUUCUGGAAGAAUACAUCACCAUGGACCAUAUGGAGCCCACCUCAUCCCAAGAAGUCAUCAAAGACG